GCGGCUUGCAGAAGCUUCAUGUGUAUUCGUGACGAGGAUUAAUACCAACUCCUGAGUGACGCGGCCGGGAGGGUCCCGACCCGUUUUGUGCGGUGCCGGACCGAUGCGCUCGACAGCGUAUAGGUUCGCCACUUCGCAGCGUCGAGGCAAGGAGCUUCUAGGGGCCUAUACAUACUACCUACACAUAACUCACAAAGACACUGGUAGAGGUGUCGUGUAUCUCCUGCUCAGCCGAGUGAUUGCAAGGAGAGGGCUUGAGCGGAAGCAUAGUCGUCUUGAAGCCUGCAAAUCGGACGCUCUCGUCAACGGAGGAAGGGGGGAGGUCAAGACUUGCGGAUCGUCGACGGAUUACAACGCUGAGGCCAGUCGUAGCAGCUCGAUGUCGUUUGAGCUUUUUGAGAGGAAACCCGAUCCCGAUAGAGAGAGGGCGAGCGGGAAGGGAGGUGGAGGAGGGGUGGUGCCGAUAUGGUACCUUGUGGUGCAUCUGUACACAGUGUGUGUCUUGAUUUCUGUAGCGCUGAUGGCAUCCCGAUCGCUUAAUGUGCCCUCUGUGCUGGGGAAAGGCCGAGACGGGAAGUUCCCGAAAUGGUCUCUCUUGAUCUUCUUCCCUUAUCAUCUUGGCCUUCGUGCUUACGUGGCUCUUCGACGCCGUGCUACUAAUGAACCCGCUUAUUCCAAGAUAGGCAGCGGGUGGUAUGUGGGUGGGUGGCCUUACAAACCCAAGUACUUGCCUCCUUCUGACGUGGCUGUCAUCGACUGUACUUGUGAGCUUCCCAGGUGUGACUUCGUUUCCUCCCGUGCUUACAUCUGUCUUCCUACUUGGGAUACGAGAUCCCCAUCAAGAGAGAAUAUCGAGAUCGGAGUCAAUUGGGCCCUAGCAAUGCAGGCGCAGGGAAAAGGGGUCUUCGUUCACUGUGCAUUCGGACAUGGCCGCAGUGUCGCCGUGCUGUGUGCUGCUAUGGUUGCAGCUGGGGAGGCUGAGACAUGGAAAGAGGCUGAGAAGAUGGUUAAAGCAGUUCGGCCGAGGAUAAGAAUGAGUGUUCUUCAAAGGCAAACACUGACAGAAUGGACUGCACAGAGAGAAGCUAUGCAGAAGAAGUAAAAGAGAGCAAGACGAAGAGUUGGAGAGCAACGUGGGAACGAGUCUAAAGAAGGUUGCAGGGCAAAGAGGAGAGGAGCUGAAUUAAAGGGGACAAGGGGGUUGAGGAGAGGAGUGGAGGAGGAAGGGAGAGAGAGAGAGAGAGAGAGAGAGAGAGAGAGAGAGAGAGAGAGAGAGAGAGAGAGAGAGAGAGAGAGAGAGAGAGAGAGAGAGAGAGAGAGAGAGAGAGAGAGAGUAGUUGGCCAUCGUGGAUUUGCAAGUCUGCUGCGACAGAUUUUUGUCCAUUGUGUGCAGGUUUUGUCCAUUCCUGUGAGUGGGAAUUCAGGUCAUUCUUUUUUUUGUGCUUUUUUUCGGCUUCGUCUGUAAUAGUGAUUUUGUAGGUCAGUCAGUGGCUCGAAUUUCAACUGGCCAAGUAGUAUAAUUGCUCGCUUGCAGUGAGCAGUUAGGCCAUUUGGGGUUUAUUUGGACGUCAGAUAAUCUCAGAUUAACCAGUUUAAAAUAUCCGAUAUUUAUGGCUGCAGAAGCAGCAGAACAGUGUUGCCUGGAUUAGUUUGACCUAGCCCAGGCACUUGGGCAUUUUUCAAUUGCCCAUCUUGAGUGGUGCUAGGCACCGCCAGCCGUUCGAUUGCAGCAAGUAGAUGGGAAAAGGGGAAGACAUCUAGCAAUGAUUCCGGGCAGCAUGUGCUGCAUUUCAUUUGCAGAGCAACGAACUCUGUGAAGAUUGACUCUGCAUCUUUUGUUUUGUGGUGAUCUCAACGCGCAAACUGUUGAGCACACGAUGUGUGACGAGAGAGAGAGUGCAUCCCUCUGUGUAUGUGUGUGUACGUGUGUGUAUGUGGGUGUACGUGGGCGAGGAAGGAUGCAUUUUCUCUCUAGUUCAAUUUUGGAGGACUUUCGAGGUCUGACCAUAUGCGUACAGUCUGGUAAGAAUGGCGGACCUGGACACGAUGUCUGCCACAUAAAGCUCCUGUCUGGCAGAGGCAUCUAUGCCGGUGAGUCAGAGUUCAGAGAGACAUGUGGGACAAUCAACCCAUGGGUCAGGUGUUUGUGGAAAAGAAACUUUUUAGACAAAUUUAUAACUUCUGUGGAGAGCAGACGAGAUGAUGCAGCACUGUUCUUUUCCCUCGAGUAAUGUUCACGUCACACUACGGACUUCGAGCCGGCAGUGUGACAUGUGCAUUGGCCUUCUGAGAGCUGCCAAAAUUUAGAUGCGGUGGGGUUAAGCCUGGCCGGAGUGCCUGGCUCAUCCCUGUGGCUGCGGCUAUCGAUGUGAGGGACGCUGGGCCCGUUUCCCAGCUUGUACAAUCAAAUGAGCAGUCUAAAAUCUUUUUGGCGGACCAGGAGAAAUUCCAGUAAACAUGUAAUUAAGAU